AUGGCAGGGCCGUAUCUGUCGCCUCUGGGCCCCCAGGCAGAUCUGCUCACCGAGUACAUGUUUGGAAGACGUCGUCAGGUCAGUAGACGCAAUCGGACAACUUUCACUCCACAGCAGCUUCAAGAAUUGGAGUCCCUCUUCCAGAAGACGCAUUAUCCAGAUGUUUUCCUGAGAGAAGAAGUUGCUCUUAGAAUUUCACUUUCAGAAGCUCGUGUUCAGGUUUGGUUUCAAAAUCGGCGAGCAAAAUGGCGGAAGCAGGCUCGGCUACAGCUGUUACAAGACGCAUGGAGAAUGCGAUGUUUAGGAUUAGGAAGUGCGGCACCUCUUCUUUUACGGCCGCCACCUACAACCGCUUUAGAACGCCCUGAUGCUGCAUCACCGGUACCACCACCACCACCACCUCCUCCACCACCUCCACCAUCAACCUCUGCUACCACGAACGGAUCACCCUUAGCAUCGAUCAGUGCUAAUAAAAUAUCUGACACUUCGGCUCUAUCCGUUUGCAGAGAUUAUCGGAUUCUACCACCUCCUCACGGAUAUUCGUUGUCCUGUGAGAAGUCCCCAGAUAGAAUGAAAUGUGGUUGUGGUUCCCCUCCGAGGAUAUGUGGUAGUCCAGUAGAAAGAGACACGACCCUACCUAUAAGAGACAGGCCUCAAGAAGCUGAGAUGGAUCUUACAGUAAAAGGGACAUCUCGACACACACCAAUCUCUACUUUAUUCUGUCAGUUGCCUCAACAACAAGAAUUCAGUCCUUCGCAAAAUGUUGACGAACCUUUGGAUGUUACACUUAACACUAACAAAAAUAAUUAGUUGUUUCACCCCUUUAACUUCCUCUAACUUUGUAUUAUUUAUUCAUGAAAAUUCGUUUGCUUAAUUCUGCUCCUUUAUUUUCAUUCGGAA